AUGCAGAGCACAAGAUCAUUUCUGUUCCAGGUGUGUUUGUGUCUGGUGGUUUCUAUUGGCUCCUGCACCUGUAAACCUCUCAAUAAUGACAUCCAGAGCGAGGGCUCGGAUGGACUCUACUCUCAGCUGUCAGAGGACAACCUUCAGGAGGAGGAAGACUCCAGGAUGAAGAACCUCCUGGGAACCAUGAAGGAGGGCUUUCUGAGGAAACUCAACCUGUCUGAUGUUCCUCAGGAGAACAGCAAGAUCUACCCUCCUCAGUUCAUGAUUGAGCUCUACAACAAGUACGCCUCGGACAACUCGGCAAACCCUCAGUCUGAUGUCAUACGAAGCUUCACUGUCCAAGAUAUCCCUUUCUCUGUGACGGAUGGCACAAAGUCAAAGCACAGGCUGCAAUUCAAUGUCAGCGUCCCCAACCAUGAAAAGAUCACUACUGCUGAACUGCAGCUCUUCUUCUUCCCGGAUCCCAGGUCGAGGGUCACCUCCCGCGGUUUUAAGGCCACCAUCAAAGUCUAUGAAGUGGAUUACAACGAUUUCACAUCCACCACCCAACUGCUGGUGGGCAAAGAGGUGGCGGGUUUGGAGAGCACGUGGGAGACGUUUGAUGUGACCACAGCUGUUCAGAGUUGGAUCAAGUCGGGCCGUGGAGCAACUGUUUUUGAUGUAGUCAUAGAUGGGAAGGACUGUGAGGUGGCCUCGAAAGGUGGAGAAGAAGGAGCAGGAUGUUUUAAUAUGACCGUGUCUGUUGGAGAUAACACUUCAGCAGCUUUAAUAAUCUUCUCAGAUGACUUCGGUAGCAGGAGGAGGGAAACAAAGAAGGAAUUAAGAGAGAUGAUCCUCCACGAAGAAGAAACCAUCUUACACUCUGGCGCCGACUGGAACAGAGGACAUGAUCUUCCCAACGAGAUCCCCGAGGCGCAGCAUCCAUGGAGAAGGAAAAGAAAGGCAGAGAGGGAAUACUGCCAGCGGACCUCCCUCAGGGUCAACUUUAGAGACAUCGGCUGGGACAGCUGGAUCGUGGCGCCUCUGGAAUACGAUGCCUUCGAAUGUAAAGGCCUGUGUUACCACCCGCUGACGGACGAAUCGACCCCGUCAAAACAUGCCCUCAUCCAGACGCUGAUGAACAUCAGGCACCCCAAGAAGGCCAACAUGGCGUGCUGCGUCCCCAUCAAACUGGACCCCAUCACAGUCAUGUAUCGGGAGAACGGACGCGUCACUAUAAGAAACCUUUACGAGGAGAUGAAGGUGGCAGAAUGUGGCUGCAGGUAG